CUCUUACCCCCGAGACGAUGUCGACCUCGGUAGUGGACACUUUUACGCUCGAAGCGCAGACAGUUCACCUAUCGAACAGCGAUCGUACUUGGACUCUGAUGCUCGAUACGAAAAAGACAGCUUGCAUGGCAGUUCUAAUGAUCGACUCUCCGACCAGCGCAUGAUGUAUGCUUCAAGUUUCAGCGGUAUGCCAUCGUCCUCGAGAUCCGGCUUAUCCCACUCAGAGGGUGCUUCUGACGGCAUGCCGUCGACCUAUCGAAAGCGCGGCAAAUUGCCCAAAGCGGUGACAGACCUCCUCAAGACAUGGCUACUCGAUCAUGCCACGCAUCCUUACCCUACCGACGAUGAGAAGCGCAGACUGUGCAGCAUCACUGGCUUGGCGAUGAGCCAAGUCUCGAAUUGGUUCAUCAACGCCCGCAGAAGGAUCCUUGUCCCAAACUCGACCGGCGGCUUUGCCGUCGGCACCUCUGCAUCUGCUAGCCUGCCCAUGCAAGGUCAGCAAAUCCACGCAGAUCGCUUGUACGGAGCCCAGCCAUCCCAUGGUCCCCCGCAUCUUGGUCAGCCGUACGUCUCGCAUCAACAGCACUCCUUUGCACCAGUUUCUCAGUCACGCGACAAUAAUUCUGGCAGUCACUAUCAUCGCUCUGACAUCAGCCAGGCACCAGAGUCCCUCCGUCCCUUGUAGACCUUCUCCCCGGGAUUUUCAGAUUUACCACGUCGGGUUGGAGGUGGCAUC